AAUACUUUUGACAAUGAUCUCCUACGGGAAUAACUCCCGGUUGGGUUUACCGCGACGCAUAAGCAUCUGUACUAACACCACUCAAAACUCUCCACGAAUCUUUAAUAGACAUUAUUCUUGCUCUCGUGUUCGACGAGCUUCUUUUUCGAACAUGAACUAUUCAGCAAUCUUCUCACAAUAAUAAGCAUAUCUUUUUAUUAUGUACUUGCUUCCAUUAUAGCCAUUCUUAUAUGAAUUUAAAAUAUACAAAUUUCCUCGUAAAAUUAGGUGAAUGCGAAAUGGAAAAUAAAGACAUCGUGGAUCGCUUCGUGCAUGCAAUUCUGCAAGGUUUCGCCAUUCACGAUUUCGGCAAUUAUCAGGUCACAUGUAUUUUUUUAGAGUUCACGAUUGUCAAAGUGUUUACCGAUAAAACUUGUCGAUAAGUAAUAAUAUCACGGGUAGAUCAUCACGUUGAAAUGAAAUGCUUGCCUGCGCAAGACUUUGUCAUCUUUUAUUACUGUAUAAUAUUAGAAAUAAAAGCGAGUAGCAAAAGGAAGAGAUACGCACGACGGAAAUUAUAUUGUCCAUUUGGCGUGACGUACGAUAUUGAUAUCUUAAGGUAUACUUCCGCAAAUUUUCCAUGCAGACAAACGUGCAUAGCGCAUAAAUGUAUGCAUAAUGUAAUUGGACCAUAAAUGCACACAUAAGGAGCUAGAACAAUCAAUUCUUUAUGCAUAUGCUUUAUGCACCUGAGUAUGUUUGUCUGGAUAAACCCUUAGGGCUAACACGAGACAUGGUGGAGGCUCCUGUCAGCCAACUAUAAACUAUGGAUUCUAUGUCGUCGUAUUAUGGUCAAAAUACAGACAAAAUCAGUAUAAUCGGAAGACGUCCGAUGACGUCAAAUGACUGCAGAGUCAUUUUUUGGAAUAAAGGGUUAAUAAAAAUUUAUGAAUGGUACAGCUGCUCAGUUGAGUUCAGGUGCAGUUUCUAUAAGCUAUAUUUUCUGUAUUAUAAAUUUUUGAAAAGCCAAAAUGCAAAACCGGCUCUUUAGCGAGAAACUAAGCUUUGUAAGGAAUAUAACAAAAAAGUUUCAUAAAGAAAUAUAAGUUCUUCGAGGCUAAAUACACCAUGAGGGAAUAUUACUAAAUUAGCACAACAUCUAUAUCUAAGUCGGACAGCAGUAAUUAGAAGAAGAUAGCGCCAAGCUACCCCCCGCCCUAUCCCUUCCUUGCGCGCGGCAGCCGUGCAGAGAUGCGAAGUUUGCAUUAGUAUCGCAAACAUCAGUAUUCGUAAAAGUACGAAUAAAAACGCAAAACGUACUGGUAAAAGAUCGCUAAUAAUUGUGAGACUUGGUGCCGCGUCUAUCAGUUUCCCUCCAGCGCGUCGUCAAGAUAUCCCUUUCGUACAUGAUGAGGAUGUUUGUUACAAUACUUGCAAUUCUCCUCGUACGACACGCGCAUUCACUUGACGAGCCUAAAUCGUUGCCUAAACCGAUGUCUAAAUCAUUACCUGAACCGCUUUUCUUCAGCGACGAUCACUGUGCCUUCGGCGUUAAGACGGUAUCGCUGUUCCUGUACAACAGUAAUAUCAAAGGCCAAAAGAUAAACGUAAACGACAUAUGUGAAUAUGUCCAUCCGUCGCAAAAGGUCGUCUUUAUAAUCCAUGGAGCGGUCGGUUCCGUACUAAAGGAUAAUUUUCCAGACGUGGCCACUGCAUUGACACAGAAAGGCUACACAGUAUUUAGUGUGGACUGGUCUCAAGGAGCCUGCACUAAUAUGCCCAACAGUGAUGGUGUCAAGGAGAAAACCUUAGCAGUGAUGAAUGCCGUCGCAGCAGGUCAACGCGUAGCACGUUUUGUCACGAAAUUAGUCACAGAAUGUAAAUUUCCGUUGGCAAAUGUCAUAUUCCUGGGUCACAGUCUUGGUUCACACGUGGCCGGUUUCGCCGCUAAAGUGAUUCAAGAAUUGAAGCUCGGCACGAUUCCGCUCAUCAUUGCCGGCGAUCCCAUCGAUUUCGUCCAAGGCGAUCCCCUCACUACACCGUUCAGUAGCAGGAAAUGCAACGACAGACUCUGUUACACAGAUACCAGUUGUCUAAAAGUACUUCACACGUCGAGUGAUGGAAUAGGCACACGUAUGGGUCAUCUAGACUUGCAGUUCAAUAAUGGACAGACACAACCAAGUUGUUGGUGGGAUGCAACUCCAUCAUGUUCACACCUUAUUGUCAUCCAAUAUAUAUUGAAAGUGUUUGAAAAUAAAUGCUCCUUCCCUGGGGUUCCUUUUAAAGAAGGGAUAGCAUUUGUCGGAAGCGGUCCCUCUUAUCCUAGUCCUAACGAAACGAAUUGCAUUCUCGUGAACGACAAUUUAUUGGACAUCAGCUGUUCCAUCCAGGGAGAAUACUAUGUAUUUGUCGACUGUUAUACCUACUGUACAGAGUAUGCUCCACAAACAUGCCAACAGUAAUAGUAGUAAGACGUUCAGUUAUGAACUUCAAUCUUUACUAUAAAUAUGAAGUUUUACAAUAAAAAAUUGUAGGUAUGUAAUUACAUUGUUUAGUCGAUUGACCAGCAAGCAGAUCUUUUUUGUUUCAAGAUCCUUGAGCCAUUAUCAAAAGAAAAUGAAUAAUUGUAAUUUAUACGGCUUAUUGAAACAAAAAUUGAUAAAGAAAAGACGAAAAUAGAAAUAUCAUAGCAAUUUCAUUUAGCCAUCAAAUCAUUACUAUUUCUCGAUUAUUUUUCUGAAUUAAAUUAUAUAAUAUUGUAAUUAUACUUUUCAAGUAUCUUAUUCGUUCUCUUGGGUGUGCGACGUUCUUUCGGUUUUACGGGGAUGCUAGAGUGAUUCUGCACUUUGUGCUCCCAGAACUGUUAAUUUAUGAAAACAUUUGUGCAAUAUACAAAUUACGUGGCUUAUAUGUACAGAUCGACGAGUUUUCACUAAUCGGAUUAAAUCAGAGAACAACAUGAUAUUAUUGAAAUUAAGUUUAGAAGUCGAACAAAAAAUCUGUUCCUUCGAAAAAGUUAUAGGUUGCCUAACAUAUAACUUCUUCGAACAAAUAGAUUUUUUGUUAGACUUCUAAACUGCAUUUAACGAUACCAUGCUAUUCUCUAAUUUAAUCCGUUUAGUGGAAGCUAGUGAAAACAGCAAAAACACUUUCGAUAAUCAUCCGUCAUGGGAAUAACUCUAGUUUGAUGUAAUUCGCAUUGUAGAAACAUCGUAGUACAUCGCUCAGAAGUUUCUCUCGCUUCGCUUAUCGUACAACAUAUGUUAAUAUUCCCUCUGCCUUUCUUCCUUUUUCUUUCGCCUCGCGUUUGCAAUUAAAACACAUUGUUGCGUUGUUAAUUUUUCCUGAACAGCCCUCUGUAGUUUUUAUUAAUCAAUAGCAUCCACAUAUUGUCGCGAGAGUGGAAAUGCUAUUCUUUCAGUUAACACAGACACUCCAUACGCAGAUAAUCUGUAUGACCUGUGUACACUAUCAAUUUAAUUCACAAUUCAAGACGUUCGUUAAAAAGAUUAUCAAAACCAAGUCAAAAGAUCCCAAUCUUUAGUUCUUUUCCUUGGUUUUUCUUUUCAACAAGUCCGUGUCCUGCAUUAUGAUUUGUCCUACAAUAUCACAAUGUGCGACGACAUAUUCGAAGGAACUUUGUGUGCAAAGACUACUUUGGAUGUACAUCAGCGUCCAAUCCAAAAUGCACUUCUAAACUUCUUAAAGUUCAAUAUUUACGACCAUAUUAAUCUUACCAACGUGAACGUCUGGUAACACAUAGUGUUAAUCAACAGGCCUCGGACAGGAACAAGAUAUUCCUCACAUCAAUAGUGGCAAGGACUUCUUAAAUUUUGACGAAAAGACACACCAAGGCGGACGUGUCACCGUCAAAGAAUCACCUCUGCUACACAUAUAAAUGCAUAUAUUUAUACUUAUUACAAUACAUUACUGUUAACGUUUACUUACAGCGUCGCGCCGCAUAAAUGCUUAACGAGUAAGUAGAUACGUGAGAAAAAGGACGAAAAUAUAAAGAUUACUCGGAUACUGUAAUACACGUCAGUGUAAUAUUAAUAAGCGAGCUUGCCUCGGGGCUCUCUCGAUUCAGCGUAUUUUACAGCGGGGGGGGGGGGGCUCCGUGAACGCAAA